UCUCACUGAGGCUCCCCUCAACCCCAAGGCCAACCGUGAGAAGAUGACUCAGAUCAUGUUCGAGACAUUCACCACACCCGCCAUGUAUGUGUGUAUCCAGGCUGUUCUGUCCCUGUACGCCUCUGGUCGCACCACAGGUCUUGUCUGUGACUCUGGUGAUGGUGUGUCUCACAUGGUCCCUGUAUACGAAGGUUAUUGCCUUCCUCACGCUAUCCUUCGUCUCGACUUGGCCGGUUGUGACUUGACUGCAUACCUGAUGAAGAUCAUGACUGAGCGUGGCUACUCCUUCACCACUACCGCUGAACGUGAAAUCGUUCGUGACAUUAAGGAGAAGCUUUGCUACAUCGCUCUCGACUUCGAGAGUGAGAUGAAUGUCGCUGCUGCCUCGUCCUCUCUAGAAAAAUCCUAUGAACUUCCCGACGGUCAGGUCAUUACUAUCGGCAACGAACGUUUCCGUUGUCCUGAAUCAAUGUUCCAGCCUUCCUUCCUGGGUAUGGAAUCUGCUGGUGUUCAUGAGACCGUCCACAGCUCCAUCAUGAGGUGCGAUAUUGAUUUGAGGAAGGAUCUGUUCGCCAACAUCGUCAUGUCUGGUGGUACCACCAUGUACCCUGGUAUUGCUGACCGCAUGCAGAAGGAAAUCACGAACUUGGCUCCUUCCACCAUCAAGAUCAAGAUCAUUGCUCCUCCUGAGCGUAAAUACUCCGUGUGGAUCGGCGGUUCCAUCCUGGCCUCUCUGUCCACCUUCCAGCAGAUGUGGAUCACCAAGGAUGAGUACGAAGAGUCCGGCCCUGGCAUCGUCCACCGUAAAUGCUUCUAAAUCAUUAUAUUUUAUAAUAAACUUAACCACCAAAAUAAAUUAUAAACUUUUCGAAAUAAAAUUUCUAAAUAAAAAUAAACCGAUUUAAAUUCCCGAAAGAGUAACGUCCAUGGAUAAAUAACGGUUGAACUAUCAGUACAACAAAAUGAUCGGAGAAAACAAUAAAAGAAGGAAAGGAACAAGAAUGAUACAUCUCAUGCACAUACUAUAUCACACCGACAAAAGAAUUGACACGUUUACACAUACAUUCACAUUUUCUUCUCAAAUAAGCAAUUUACUAAUUAGGUUUACAGUAAAUCAUGAACACAA